AUGCUGCGCAUUUGGUCGGCCAUGUCGGGUAAGGAGCUAGCGAGCAUCCCUGCAGAGAAGGUAGAUGAUGUGAGGGCACUAAAGCUUCUGUUGCAUAGCGAACACGGGUUGCCUCCGCGAUUCAGGCAAAGGCUGGUUUAUCUCAACUCUGUUUCGGAUGGGGUGUUGGAUGACUUCGUCAAGCUGGACUCGCCCAUGGACCUUCAGCUGGUUCUCAUUCCAUAUGUCCAGUCAUCGCAAACUGACGCAGACAAGCUGGCGGCUGCCGCAGCGGACGGCUCCUUGUCCGAGGUCGAGGCCAAGCUGCAGAAACCCCAAGAUCCAAACCUGGUCGACUCGCGUGGCAACAGUGCACUGGGGCUGGCGGCAGACCGUGACCGCACGGACGUCGUGUUCUUGCUGUUGGAUGUAAACCUGGCGCUCAACGGCUUCAUCCUGACUUUCGCGUCUUCAAGAGGAGCCGUUGAGCUCUUGCGUUUACUUCUGAAUGCCAGAGCAGACCCCAACAAAGCCAGCCCGGACGGCUCCACUGCCCUGUUUGCCGCUGCCCAAAAAGGCCAUGUUGAGAUUGUGGGUAAGCUCCUGGAUGCCGGCGCGGACAAGAGCAUCAUGAGCUUCGCCGCCAAGGAUGCCGGCCGCACUUGCUUGAUGGUUGCUGCGGAAAGUGGGCAUGCUGAUGUUGUGCGAAUGCUCCUGGAGAGCGAGGAGGACACAAAGACCCGGAAGUUGAAUACAGAUUUCGCCAACGCUGCCAAGUUUACCGCCAUGAUGUAUGCUUCUGCAAGGGGCCACGCUGGUGUUGUACAUCUGCUCCUAGAUUUCGGUGCCAAUGUUAACUUCUCAAGCAAAGGAGGCCGCUCUGCCUUGAUGUGUGCUUCCUUAGCAGGCAAAAGUGCUGUCGUGCGUUUGCUGCUGAACUCCGGCGCGGAUGUGAAUUUGUCAAGCCACGGGGGCUCCAACGCCCUGAUGCUGGCAAGCUCUGCAGGCGAAAUUGAGGUCGUGCGGUUGCUGCUAGAGUCCGGUGCCCGCGCGAACCUCGCAAGUGAUGCCGGUUCCACUGCUCUGAUGCACGCUUCUGCGCAGGGCCAUGUUGCUGUUGUGCAGCUACUCCUGCAGUUCGGCAUCGACAAGAUCAUUGUCAACAAUGCCGGCUCCACUGCCCGAAUGCUGGCUCGUCUGAGAGGCCACAGCGAGGUUGAGCGUUUGCUGCUGGACGAUCAGGUCAAAUGGAGAUUUGCUGCUCCAAGUCGAGGCAAUCGGGCCUGCUAA